AUGAAAACAAUUCUACCGAUACUGCUUGGUCUUUCCAUUACAUCUUUACCAUGCGUGCUAUCGGAUACAAAUGCAUUAGAGCGAAUAGUUAACGGGUACAUAGCAGAUAUAACAGAGGUGCCUUAUCAAGCGGCGUUGAGGCGAAAAACUAGUGUCGGCUGGAGCCAUUCGUGUGGCGCCGUUGUGAUAUCUUCCAGGAGCGUGUUGACUGCAGCGCACUGCAUCUAUACUUUUGAAAACAGCACUACCAAAUUGCAAGUAGCUGUUGGCACUACAAAGAAAACUGGUGGGACAUCGUAUAACGUCUCCCAAUUGUUCUAUCACGAACUGUAUUCAUCAGUGACUCUGGAAAACGACAUAGGAGUGGUAGCUGUGGAAAGAAAAAUUAAAUUCAAUGAAAACGUGAAAGCAAUUAGUAUAGCUAUUUCAGCUCUUCACAUUCCAGCGGGUAUUCAGGCUAUUGUUUCAGGGUUUGGGAGCACUGAGUUCGAAGGCCAGUCGUCAUCUGAUCUUAGAGCAGCUGUAGUGGACAUAGUUUCACAAGAAGUUUGUGUCCGCGCGUAUCGGAGAAUUGGCAAUAUCACACCAGGGAUGAUAUGUGCAGCUGGGAAGGACCCACCCCGAGAUGCUUGUCAAGGAGACUCGGGAGGACCUCUCGUGGUGGGCAACACGUUGAUAGGUAUCGUCUCCUGGGGUGAAGGUUGCGCUAAUACCACCUACCCAGGUGUAUACACUCGUGUGUCUGUGUAUAAUGAUUGGAUUCAUGAGCAAUUGAGUCGAAUUGUAUAGUCCUGUUUUCUGUUUUUUAGCCUAUUGGAACCUAUUUUAUAUCAUUGGUACAUUUAUAUGAUUAUUGAUAUAAAUGCGUUUACUUAAUGUAUUAUCCGCUCUUUAAUUUA